AGUCGGGCCUUAGUGAGGUAAUUCUCAGCCUGAACGGACAAAGACAAUCAAUGGGAAAUUUUUCCACCCUCCUCCUCGGCUAGCGUAGGGGACAAAAAAUGUGUCUGUUUCGAAAAUUUCUUGCGCCUGAUAUAGCGACCGAGGAGCAAAGCACUCUAGGGCAACCAAUCAAGGUCCAAUGUUUCAUAUCUAAGCCACACGCAUCCCUCAGAUACGAAUAGGAACCUACCGAAAUGCCGUGGUCGAUCCGAUCUCGUGUAUCUCUUUUGAGCGGACCCUUACAGAUGACAUGUUCGACAGGUGAAGAUUACAGCGCAUGUCAAUGGGUGAAAAUCGAUGCCCCUUCACCGGCGCCUUGCCUAGCUGGUUGUAGCAAGCAGCUGCCCAAGAGUCCAAUUGAUCUCCACUAUGACUAUUGAAUUGCUCGCGACGGGGAAUCCGUGGGAGCCACACCUUCGCUGCGCCACAGAUGAUUGUGGCUAGUGUAUAUCCGGUGUUAUUCAUUAUUAGUAAUAUUAGAAUAACGAUCAUCUAAUGGGUGGUCUCGUUCUUUCAAGAGUCAAACAGUCUUGGUCAUCAGGGCGCUUUCCAG